CAGCGACAAGGCUCCGGCGCGGCCCCCCCGCUCCCGGGCUGGUAGGUGGCGGUCCCGCUCCGCGGGCGGCGGGCGGGGCCGCGCCCCUCCUCGGGCCGGCGCUGGCCUAGCGGCGGGGCCGGGGCCUGCGGCGCGGAGGAUCCUGGAGGUCGUCGGGACGGCGGCAGCAUCAGCUACCGUGCCGCCGGCCGGGGGAGGGGAGGGCGGUAGCAGCGGCGAGCCCCGGGGCGGCGAGGCUGACCGGCAGGGAGCCGGCCCGGCGGCGUCGCGCUGCUCGGAGACCCGCCCGCGGUGCCUUCAUGAAUAAUUUAAAUGACCCUCCCAACUGGAACAUCCUGCCGAACCGGCGGGAGCCCGGCGAUGAAGGCAGCAGGUGGAACUACGCCUUGCUGGUGCCCAUGCUGGGCCUGGCCGCCUUCCGUUGGAUCUGGACCAGAGAAUGUCAAAAAGAAAUAGAAAGAGAAAAAAAAGAAUAUUAUGAAAAACAUUCAUCUUUACAAAAAAAUCUGGAAGCCAAAUAUCGGGAUAUAAUCACAGAAAAUCGUCGCACGGUUGCUCAUUUGGAGUUGGAGCUUGAAAAGGAACGCAACAGAACCCUGAGUUACCGUGAAGCCCUCGUGUCCCAGUCUCGCAAACUAGUAGAAGAAAGAAGGAUCCUAGAGCAGGAGCAGGAGAAGUUAGAGCGAGAAAAACAAGUCCUUUUGCACUCAGGAGCAGAAGGUAACUUGUACCAAAGUUGUCUGGCAAAGGAAGAAGAGUGGCAAAAGAGAGCCAAUAUUUUACUAAAAGAAUUUGAAGAGGGACUUAAAGAAAGACAGGACAUCUACUGCAGUCUUGUUGUACCCAGAAGCCAGAGACUAGAAAUAGAGAAAAAUCUGCUAGUUAAAGCAGCAACUGAUCCUGUUGCUGUGGCUCUACAUAUGGAAAGUGGCUUAAAAGAUAUUUUCAAACAUGAUAACUACUGUGGCAAUCUACUCAACAGAAGUAAAAGUCAGAAUGGAAGACUUAUGUGGCUGUAUCUCAGAUACUGGGAACUAGCUAUUGAACUACAGAAGUUCAAGAGGGCAGAAAAGGCCAUGUUAGGAAAACGAUAAGCAGAGGAAGUAACGGGAUUUCAUGUCAUCCACUGUGCAUAGUAGGGACAAUCACAGUUGUAGUCUGAAGCUGUUAAAUUCUCCUACUGUGUUUCAGUUUCUCUUCUUUGUUGCACUUGUGUUUGCAUGGGACGUGUGCCGUGUUGGUGCCUUUCCUUUCACUACCAACAGAUGCCCUAGUGAGCUAUGCAUGCUCUUAAACUCUGUGAGUGUGUUUGUAUUGCAGACUGCAGCGUAGUAUAGAGAUAGGCCAGCUUCCAUAGGUAAAAGAAGCAGCAAGACAGAACUCUGUUUAGAGUGAUUUACCUAGUUGGUGGUCAUGCUCCAUCAACAGAGAAGUGUGACAACUGCCAUAGCACAUUGUGUUCCUUAUCCCUGAUGUUUUAUAUGGUGUCUAAUGCUAUCCUUUUUUUUAAUUAUUAUUAUUUUAAAGUUAGGGGGUUUUGUUUAAACAAGACUGAUUUUGAGGCAGAUAUUUGGAAGACACCGUGUUUGAGCAAGCUGCUUGCCACAUAUAUCCUACAUGUAUAUACAUACAUUUAUAUAAAUAUACAUGUGUAUAAAUAUGCAUGUGCGUAUAAGUGUAUGUAUUAUUAUUCUGAGGGGAGAAUAGUAUCAUCAUGUUUCAAAUUAAUCAGUGUUGCGCUGUCUUCCAAUUUAAUACACAAAUAGUACUUUAUGAAUGAAACAUCCAAAAGAUGCUAAUUAAAAUAACAGAGGAAACAGAUUGAUGAAAUUCUCAUUGGAGCUAGAGAUCCAUGCUUGAGUACUAGAGAGCGUAUAAACUCAAAGUUGUAUUCUCAUCAUACUAGAGAUAUGUUAAGAAUACUUAGGCUUUUUUCUCAGUCAAGGUUUCAGUUGUAACCCAACAGUCUGCAUCCAUUAUAGAUGUCACCGUGCUGCUGCCUCUACAUCGCAAUGCACUGGCUGCUACCUGGUUAGCCUGCAGGAACCUCCGUGGGUUACAGCCAUUGCAUCUGCAUCUGUUCCUUGGACAGGUCCUGUUUGUAAUUUGCAGAUAGGAACCUAAAUGCAACAUGCACUGGUAGCCCCUACCUCCCUCUCCAAUUGUCUCAGUUCUCCCAAAAUGGAAGUAUACUUUUCCACAGCUUAAAUUUUGAGCUUAUGGUUCACCCCUUCUUGUAUACAUGACCAUGAAAGCCUACAGAUACACAGGCUUUGCAAACUUUUAAGAAAGGGGGCUUUUAAAUUAGCUUUAAAGUUAGCACGGUAAAAUAAACAGAUCUACAUAUAUUAAAAAAAAAACCAACAAACCCACACAACACCCAACAAGCAGAAAAAAACAAAACAAAACCCCAGUGCAUUUCCAUGCUUAAAUCCUUUAAAACUCUGAGUAGUCUUUGGGUCCUUGUAGCAGUAAGAACCACCUUCAUUUUCAAAUAUGCCAGGUAGCUGGGAUACUAACCUUUUUCUUCUUUCUAAUCCAGCCUUAGACCACAAAGGGGCAGUGUUCACACUUUUGUUUGUAAAAUCUGGCCUUUGUCACUUGACUUUGGUUAGUGUUGGUAGCUUGUCAGUUCCUUAAUUAGAAGUUCUUUACUGAGGGCUGGACAUUACAAACAGGUUUGCUUUAGGCUAUGAGCUACUGCAUGGCUCAGAAGCAGUUCAGCUAAGUGAAUGCCCAUCCAAGUUUAAAAGAGACUCCAGCAGAUGCAGGGUUUUCUCUUUAUUUCCUCCUGGUUUCACUUCAGUCUGGACACAGAAGACAGCAGAUAAAUCUUUUGAAGCAACGUGUGCGACCUAAUCCAGUUACUCAACAAAAAUAUCUUAACAUGAAAAGAAAUUCUUAAAUAGAAUAUGUGUUUCCCAACUACUCUGUUUUCCAGUUGUGAUUUUGCUCACUUUGAAUUGAUUUAUUAGUCUCUAAUGCAUUGAUUUUCUUUUGUGUUUUGUUGUGUUAUUUUUAAAUAAAGUCCUAGUAGAUAGACCAGGGAAGGGGGGAGAGGGGGGAAGAGGUACCAUCACAAAUGCCUGAGAGGCCAAAAUUUGUCUGCAUGCCAAGCAUAUGUGGGCUGGGAGAUGAGAACGCAACUGAGUUACUACUUUGUGUGACAGCCUGAGCCAAGCUGCUGUAGCUACCUAUAUGCACAUGCCCUAAUUGCCCAGUAGAACAGACUAGUUUGAAUAACUUAAUCUGUGUGUAAUUCCUUCAGGAUGUGAAAAGUGUGUGACCACACCGUUGUGGUGUAUUUGAUAUGUAGGUGUAGGCAGUUAAGCAACGCAGCUGACAAACAGCAGCUAGUGAAUCAAUGCCAGUGCAUUUGAGAUUCAUGCCUUGAAUUUGUACAUAUUCAUUAGUUACUAGUAUUAAAAGAUCAAACAUUUUAUGCUUUUUCAUUUUUUUCAUAGUUUGUCACCACUCGGAAUGCUUAAAGAAAAUGUAAUCGAGGGUAAAAUACUUUUUUCGGUAUAAAUGCAUUAAGUUGAGGCAUCGUACACUCAAUUGUAUAGAGUUGGAUUGCAAUGGUUUGAUACUCAGUUUCACUUAUUUAGAAGUGUCAAUUAUUUGUACAACUAAUUGUUGAAUUAUUGUUCAUGGACACUUUGCAGAUUAUUAAGACUGAAGAGUUAUCUGAGGACAAUUUUUAGAAGCAACCGCUUUAGAAGCACUGGUCCUAUUAGUUUCUACCAAAACUCAUGUUUAUCAGUCUGUUACAUGUUUUUUAAAUAUUCCCCCUUUGUAGGCUGUUAUGUUGAAAGUUCAAAUAUAUGUAGAACGCAAGAAUAAUUUGUUUUCAAAAGACCUAAUGAAUUUUUUUGUUAUGAUAAUUGUCACUUACCUGUUAAACAAUAAGAACUAAUAAAAACCCUUACAUAUUUCUGCA